AUGGAGGACGGAGACAACAUUUUGGAUGCCAUAAAUGAGGAUAACUUCAAUGAUGUGGGUGAUGAUGUUGACAUGGUUGAUGUUGAAGAAGGAGAAUUGGUGGAGCCUGAUUCCAAAAAUGUUUUGGGACAAAGCAGUGCUGAAAAUAUCAAUGAAGCAAAUCAAGAACCUAACAGUAAGAACCACAUGCAUAGGGGUAACAAGGAGAAGAAUAAGAGAAAAAGGAAGAGUUCUGGAUCUAAUCCUGUGGAUAUAAACAGAUUUGUGCUAGAUACAUGUCGACGUCUGAAAGAGAAAAAGUCAUACAUGCUAUACACCGCAGUAGGUUACCUUGGGGUCUUUGCAUUAAGUGAUCUCAUCAAAGAGGUGGAUGCAAUACAAGCUUGUGGAGGCAAGAAAACUGCUGAUGGUAAACGAUUCCAGAUAGGGGGUGGCAUAUUGUGGAGCAUCUUAAAGGUUAGGGAACCAAAGGUCUACAAAGAGAUAAUGAAAAAAGCAAGGGAAUUUGAGGUUUGUGAUUAACCUUUGAAUUUUCAGUGUGAUACUCGUUUUAAAAAAGAAAAGUAGUUAUGCUCCUGUUUA